AUCCCGUUUGGGUCUCUGCCUGAGGUGGCUAACGUUAGUCCUACCGCAGAUGGUGUAGAAAGACGUGGAAACUUAGAAACUGCUGUACAACAUAUGAUAGAAAACUGUCAUUAUAAUGAAUGGAACAGCUUACUCAAACUUUGACAAUCAAGAACAUGUUCUCAAAUUAGGCGAAACUUUUGAGAAGCAGCCUAAAAGUGCCUUCCAUACGGUACGAUAUGACUUCAAGCCUGCCUCUAUAGACACUACAUGUGAGGGAGAGCUAGAGGUGGGCAAGGGAGAACAAGUUACUAUAACAUUGCCUAACUUGGAGGGAUCCACGGCUCCAGUUACAGUGUUCAAAGGAUCCAAAAGGCCUUAUAUGAAGGAGUGCAUUCUUAUUGUAAAUCAUGACACAGGAGAGUAUCGUCUGGAGAAGCUUAGUAGCAACAUUGCAGUCAAAAAGACAAGGGCGGAGGGCAGCAGUAAGAUCCAGUCACGUCUGGAGCAGCAGACUAACAGGCUCAGUCAGCAAAUGAAGAGUGGCAGUGGAGGAAAGGCUCCAGCCAACUCCAAGAGUUCCCCUCCGAAAGAGAAGAUGUCUCCAGCAUCCCCGAUGGAUGACAUUGAGAGGGAGCUGAUGGCUGAGGCGCGAGUAAUGGAUCAGAUGAGCAGUGGCGACAGUUCUUCAGACUCUCACAGUUCCUCAUCGUCCAGCAGCGAAGACAGCUCGAGCAGUAGCGACUCUGAGGAUGAAACCCGGCCUUCGUCAGGCGACCCCCAAACUAGGCCUGCCCCCACCCGCAGCAUGCCCAUCCUCACGUCUCAGGAGCACAUGGAGGAGGAGGGUGGACACCUCAUGAACACGCUCAAAAGUGAUCUUCAGCUGAGUGAAUCUGGCAGCGAGAGUGACGAUGACUGAGCACAGUGAGUCUAUGAACACGCAUGGUCAUCACCGAAACUGAAGGAUAGAAGAGGACAGUGUUGCCAGGAAUAACUCUUUGUGAUAUUGGAAUUUUAAUCACCAUCAACUUUCACUUAUUAAAUGUUUUCUUUCCUCCAGUUUUUCAAACAGCAAACGUUUCUGUCAAAACCUGGUAUAUGGUGUGGAUGACAGGAGAAAAGCUGUGAGAUUUCUAUAUGUUUGAAAAAUGAAUUAUUUAUUUUGUUAAAUGCUACUGUGUAGAUCCUAGUUAUAUAGGGCUCUCUUAAAACACAGUAGUUUUCACUGAGCAUGCUCAGGAAGGUAUGCAUUAGACUAUUGAGGAGUUAUUUUCAUGUGACAAUCUGUGUCCUGUUCUUUUUGUUUGAGGCUGAUUGUUUUAGCUUCAAAUGACUAAGCAACAUAUCACACGUGGUCUUAAGGCACAUCAGUGCGUUACUUGAAAACUAUAUGAUGUUACAUCAAAAUCUUGAUCUCAAGUGCAGCAACCAAAUGUAUCUGCAAGUUUUGCCAGCUUAAACCUCCAAUACUUGAACGUGUCUGUCUUAAUAAUAAAUUAUUCAGAGAAAGUUGUUUUUGGCAUGUCUAGUGUGUUGACCUGUCCAUACAAGGUGCUUUGGAUUACACAGAAGUAACCAAUAUAGAGUAAUUCAUAUUUAUAGAUCAGAAUGAAUGUGUUCUCCUGGUAUUAAUUAUGCUCAUCUUCGUCCUGCUUAUCAGUUUAUGUUUUGCUAAUAUUCACUUACAUGCAGACUGCAAGGAUGUCUGAAAGGAAUCCUACAUUAGCACAAUUAGAAAGGAAAGAGACUAUAAUUUAUUAGAGCCUGGGUGAUGUAAUAGGAUAAAUGUUAACAUUUAAACAUGCUUGAACAUUAAAGUUG